GGCAGGAGGUGCGGCGCGGGGGACGGAGGAAGGAGGUGACGAGUGAGCUCAGCCUUAGGGACCUGCCGGGCGUUCAGCACCCUCUGCACGGAGCCGGCUCGGCACAGUGGUGUGAGACCGGGACACCUGUAAGGGCCGUGGGGCUCAGGGCAAGGCGCGCACCCGGACUUUCACAGCCCACCUUCCUGGAAGAGACAGCGGGGGCUGUGGGAAGCGCGGGAGAGAGCAAGGCGAAGAAAGACCCUAACGACUCGGGGCAGCCGGAUGUCUGCUCCCCGCAGAGGCUUCAGCGGGGCCCCGCAGGAGCGACGGCGCCGGGGAGAAGGCGGCUCCGCCAGCGUCCGGGUCUGAUGUCCCGGCCUCUCUGCGCGCGGCUGGGCCCGGGGUGAAAGCGCGUUUCCAGACACCGUCUGUCCUGCCUGCGUGGUCGGACUGCGGGUGUUGUAAGCCGGGCACUGAGCAGCCCACGUGCAGCCACCUCGUUUCUUCCAGGGCGGAAGUUAGCACGGGCUGAGCUUCCCAACCGUGAGCGGUGCGCGAGGGGGGAGACGAAUCGCAGGGGCGUUUACACCGACUCCACUUGCAUGUAGCACCCUGAGAAAGCAGAUAAGGACAAACACAUGUCAUUCCACUCUGUUCCUCAUUUGAGUCAUUUGGGCUCAAAACCACUUCAGCCAAUGUCUGACAUGGGAGAAGCUCAGAAGAGCAAGGGGUGAAACGAUGCCCUUCAUCUUGGUGAAGGAUCACAGGGGUAAUGAACACACGUGAUGCGGAGUUGUGUGUGCAGCAGCGUCCUGGUUCCCUGUGCUGCCAUCAUGUCUCGGAGCCCCCCUGGCAGCUCCGUGGAUGACAAGACCUUUCCCCUGGAGUACCGAUGCCACCCGGAGCUGCGGGUGCCCCCAUCUCCAUCCUCUCCCCCCGGGAAGGACGGCUCCGUCACGGCGCUGGACAAGGCUUCGUUCUCAGCGACGAGCUCUCCCACCGCGGCUGAGCCGCGCCGCGUCGUCUUGAGCACAGAGAGCGCGGCUGCGCUGAAGGUGGGAACCCAGCAGAUGAUCCCCAGAAGCUUGGCUGUCUCCACCAGGACCAAGAAUCCUUCCCGUCCUCAGAGCUUUGGGGCAGCGGGGUUGAGUAAGGAGCCCCUGUGCCCCAACCCGAAAAGGGCGUCUGUCCCCAGCACUCCCCUGGAAGCGGAGGUGGAGGAGGACUAUGGGGGGGGUCUCAAGCGCAACCUGAGGAACAUGUCCUACCGCGCGGCCAUGAAGGGCCUGGGCGCAGAGCCGGAGCCAGUUAAUGCCGUCACCUCGCUGAAACCCGUGCCGGAGGAGGGGAGCGCCCCGCCAGCCCGCAGCCCCGGCAGGAACAAGAGAACCUUUGGGCGGAAGCGGGUGCAGAAGCGUGGGGGCUCCUUCAAGGACCAGCCCCGGCUGUAUCAGGAGAUCCGCGAGCGAGGUCUGAACUCCGUGAGCCAGGAGUCAGACGAGGACUUGCUGGAGGAGCCCGUCGCGGAAGAGCAGUCGCCUCCCGACGCGGCGAUCGUGGUGCGGAGCUACCGCCCUGCGCAGGUCACCUGGAGCCAGCUGCCCGAGGUGCUGGAGGCGGGCUUCCUCGAGAAGGUCCCCGCGGCGGAGCGCAGGAGGCAGGAGGCAAUGUUUGAGAUCAUCACCUCCGAGUACUCCUACAUGCACAGCCUGAGCGUCCUGGUGUGCCACUUCAUGAGGUCGGAGGAGCUGAGGGAGACCAUGACUCAGACCGAGCACCACCACCUCUUCUCCAACAUCGGCGACGUCCUGGCCGUCAGCACGAGCUUCUUUGAAGACUUAGAAAAGCGACACCAGGAAAACCUCCUAAUUCCUGACAUCAGUGACAUUGUGGAAGAACACGCCUCGAACCACUUCAGUCCUUACGUUAGUUACUGCUCCAAUGAAGUCUAUCAGCAGAGGACGCUUCAAAAGCUGCUAGCCACAAACCCCACAUUCAAAGAGGCCUUGAAACAAAUUGAAAGGAAGCCAGAAUGUGGAGGCCUGCCAAUGAUAUCAUUUCUCAUUCUCCCUAUGCAGAGAGUAACACGGCUUCCUCUGCUGUUAGAUACUCUCUGUCAAAAAACAAAAGCAUGCACUGCAGCAUACGGAGCUGCCACCAGAGCUCUGAAAGCCAUCAGCAAGCUGGUUAAGAACUGCAACGAGGGAGCUCGGGCUAUGGAGAGGACAGAGCAGAUGUACACCUUGCAGAAACAGCUCGAGUUCGGAAAAAUGAAGCCUUUUCCAUUGAUUUCUGCUUCCCGCUGGCUGUUGAAGAGAGGGGAGCUCUACCAGCUCCUUUCAGAAGAGGCAGGAAUCUUCCGCAAAGGCUCUGGCAGAGUUUGCUACCUCUUUCUGUUCAACGAUGUCCUAAUCAUAACCAAGAAGAAAAGUGAGGAGAGCUACACCGUAAUGAACUAUGCCACGCUGGAUCAGGUGACAGUGGAGAAAAUAGAGAACACGGACCCACCUUCCCCUCCUCCUGGCAAAGCCGGGACAAGCGGCACGGCCCGCAGCGCAGUGAGCGGGCACCUCUUCAGAGUGGUCAUGGAAAAGAACAGCGAGAGCAGACGGGAGGAAAUUGUCCUGUCGGCAGAGACUCUGAGCGACCGGGCCCGGUGGAUUGCUGCACUGAUGCACAGAGAAAAGGAGAAGCCUGACACCACUCCUAAAGGCGAUCUGAGCCAAGUGGAGAUAACCCGGGCCUACAUGGCUAAACAGACGGAUGAGAUUUCACUACAGCAGGCAGAUGUGGUCCUGGUCCUGGGUGGAGAGGAUGGCUGGUGCUGGGGUGAGAGGCUCAGGGAUGGUGAAAGGGGCUGGUUUCCCCAGUCCUGCGCUCGGCAGAUCACCAACCGCACGGCCGUGGAAUGCAACGUCCGCCGGAUGGAGCGGCUGCGGAUAGAGACGGAUGUGUAGGUUUUGAGCCCAGGAGAGAAGCCUCUGUCCUGACUUGAUUUCAGGGGUCUUCAAGCCUCUGCAGACUGAGCCCACAGCAAGAAGAAACGGGGAGGUCCGUCCUUCUUGACUUUUUGUCUUGAACAGCCACAGCAGGCAGAUCUUACUGUUCAAGACUGGUCUUUGUAGCAGCAGCAACAGCAGUUAAUUAACAGGAGACCUGGCAUCCAAGCGCUCCUGGCCAACACUCUGGUAAUCACCUGGAAGAGCCUUUAAGAAGUAGCCAAGGUAUUGGCUCUUGUUCUUAAAAGUAAACUCGACAAGGCUGUGGCCGUGUUCCCGGGUUCAGAGAAGUGGCUCAUCUUGCCAACUCUUUCCCUGUUGACAUCUGGGCUGUUGCUGCACACGUUGCAGGUGAAAUCACGUGGCCUAGGGAGAGCACACCUGAAUCAAGAAGUUUUAGGAACUUAAAUCUGUAUGCUACACAAUUUCUCUCCCCUCCGACCCUUUUCCCCCCCCCCCCCUCAAAUUAUUCUUUUCUUUUUUGAACACAGCUGCAGCCUCUGCAGGCUGAGGUGAUUCCCAGUCUCUUUCGGUCACUUGGUUAACUCGCAGAUGCCAGAGGCUGGUGCAAUUGGAGUUGGUCUCGUGGAUUCAGUGCUAGGGCCAGAAAUGAUAUGUUCCAGCCAUAGGGAAGGGAAUCCACACAAGGAGAGCAAAGCCAGGAGUAGAAAGAGCACUGCUGCGGUUCCUGGAGCUUUCCAAGCUCCUUACCAGUUUUUCUUCCCACCUGCCGCAUAGCAGCGAAGGGGGAGGAGAGGCAGGUGAGUAUGUCCAGAAAGAGCAUCAGUCCAGCUGAGGAAGAGAUGUAAUCAAGGAGGUUCAAACCUCAGCCUUCCAGCAUGCAGAAGGGUCACUUACCCUGCUUAUUUCCCCAAAAGUUACUGCCUACAAGUGAUUAAAGAAAAGGGCUGAGGCAGACUAGUUUUGCGGUAGCUGAGUAGUUUGUAUUUGGGUUUUUAAUGGGUCAAAUGAUUCGUUUAGUAAGUCCUUCGAAGACGUUGCAGGAAACAGGGCUGCAGCAGCUGUUGGUCGGUGUGCAUUUCGGAGGCAGUCCUCCUAACCAGAGGGACGUCGCUCCACGUGAAAAGGAGAUGACAGUUCUGCUUUUCUGAGUAAGGCAGUUCACUUUGCCGUCUUGAUCUGGAUUCUGAAUGGUAGCACUGUUCCGACUGUUUGGUUUUGAUUGGACCGUAAAGGGAUUAAUUACACUACCAAUAAAUUUUUGGAUCCUCAUGAAAA